AUGUCCACCAAACGUCCCGGUGGUGCGUCGUUUCAACCAGAAGUCAAACGUAAACGUGAGAGUGAUGAAUUCGAACAGUGCUACGUGCCAAAAUUCGAAAAAGAACUUCCUGCCACUCCCAAAAUCGAUAAAACCGGAUGGGCGAGGCCAGCUGUUGAUAAGGAUUUAGGAAUCACUAAAAGUAUUGCAUGCCAAGUACUCGAAGUCGAGACUUAUCACGAGGAUGGGUCCGCGACUACUUAUGACAGAACUAACGUAAAAUUGUACGGAGUGACAAAAGCAGGAAACUCGAUCUGCGUUAUUGUGACUGAUUACUUCCCUCACUUUUAUUUUCAGGCACCACAAGGCUUCGGAGUAGAACACAUACAAACUGCUCAAACUGCCAUUUGUAACAUGGUUGCAUCCGCGAAACGUCGAGGAGGAAGUGGACAGAACCAACUACCUGGAAAAGUCGUUGAUAAUCUAGUUCACAUUGAAUUGGUUCGGGGAGAGAAUCUUUACUAUUUUCGUGGCGCUGAUACUAAAGUUCCGUUUGUUAAAGUAACUGGAUCCACAGAAGCACUUCAUAAAGCUCGUAUGGAACUCAGAAAUGGAAUCAAUUUGAUGGGAAAAGGACCUGUAAAUGUUGGAAAUUUAUAUGAGUCGAACAUCAACGAUAUCGUUAAGUUCAUGGCGAAAACGAAUAUUGUCGGAUGUGGUUGGAUUGAACUUCCUGCUGGAAAGUGCCAGAUUCUCUCGAACAGCGAAAAAUCCUCCAGGUGUCAAAUAGAAGUUUCGGUUAACGUCAAAAACUUGAUUGUUCAUGAAAGCGAAGGAGAAUGGGCAGACAUUGCUCCGAUUCGUACUCUCUCCCUGGAUAUCGAAUGUAUUGGUCGGCGGGGAGUCUUUCCUGAAGCUAUCAAAGAUCCAAUUAUUCAAAUCGCGAAUCUUGUUAAAAUCGAAGGAGAAACCGAACCAUUCGUUCGAAACUGUUUUGUACUUGGAACAUGUGCUCCUGUUGUCGGAUCGAAUAUUAUCCAGUGCGUCAAUGAAAAAGUUCUUCUUGAAAAAUGGGCGGAAUUCGUACGUGAAGUUGAUCCUGAUAUUAUCACUGGUUAUAAUAUCCUCAACUUCGAUCUUCCAUACAUUUUGGAUCGUGCAAAGGUUCUCUCGCUCCCUCAAGUUUCACAUUUGGGUCGACAAAAAGAUAAGGGAUCAGUUGUCAGAGAUGCUGCUAUUUCGUCGAAACAAAUGGGAAGUCGAGUGAAUAAAAGUAUUGAUAUUCACGGAAGAAUCAUUUUCGACGUUCUUCAAGUUGUUCUUCGUGAUUAUAAACUUCGUAGUUACACACUAAACAGUGUCUCCUACCAGUUUCUUUCUGAACAAAAAGAAGAUGUCGAACACAAUAUCAUUCCCGAUCUUCAACGUGGAGAUGAGCAAACAAGAAGACGUUUGGCUCAAUAUUGUUUGAAAGAUGCAUAUCUCCCACUUCGUUUACUUGAUAAACUCAUGUCAAUCAUUAAUUACAUUGAAAUGGCAAGAGUUACUGGUGUUCCUAUGAAUUUCCUUCUCACGAAAGGACAGCAGAUUAAGAUCUUAUCAAUGAUGCUCCGACGAUGCAAGCAGAACAAUUUCUUUUUGCCAGUGAUUGAAGUGAAUUCUGGAGAUGGAGAGGGUUACGAAGGAGCCACUGUCAUUGAUCCAAUUCGUGGUUUCUACAAUGAACCGAUUGCAACUCUCGAUUUCGCAUCGCUGUAUCCGUCCAUCAUGAUUGCUCAUAAUCUCUGUUACACAACUCUUCUGAAAUCACCGCAAGGAGUUGAAAAUGAAGAUUAUAUUCGAACGCCAUCCGGACAGUACUUUGCUACCAAAUCUAAGCGUCACGGGCUAUUGCCUGAAAUUCUCGAAGACCUUCUUGCAGCUAGAAAGCGUGCCAAAAAUUUCAUGAAGAAUGAGAAAGAUGAAUUCAAACGGAUGGUGUACAAUGGACGACAGUUGGCUUUGAAGAUUUCCGCCAAUUCAGUCUAUGGCUUCACUGGUGCCGUUGUUGGAAAGCUUCCGUGUCUCGAAAUUUCUCAAUCUGUAACUGCUUUCGGAAGAAAAAUGAUUGAUAUGACAAAGUCUGAAGUAGAAAGAAUUUACAAGAAAGGGGCUCUUGAAGGGAAGUGUCCUGCAGAUGCUAAAGUCAUUUAUGGAGAUACUGACUCGGUAAUGGUGAAAUUCGGAGUUGAAAAUGUGGCACAAGCCAUGGAAAUUGGACUUGAAGCUGCAAAAGAAGUCAGCAAGAUCUUCACUCCGCCAAUUAAACUGGAAUUCGAGAAAGUGUAUUUCCCGUAUCUACUCAUCAACAAGAAACGUUACGCUGGUCUUUACUUCACUAAACCCGAAGUUCAUGACAAAAUGGACUGUAAAGGAUUGGAAACUGUUCGACGUGAUAAUUGUCCGCUGGUCGCGAAAGUACUCGGAGUAUGUCUCGAAAAGCUUCUGAUUGAAAGAGAUCAACAAUCAGCAUUAGAUUUCGCAAAAAGAACAAUCAGUGAUUUACUUUGUAACAAGAUUGACAUUUCACUAUUGAUUAUUAGCAAAGAGCUUACGAAAUCAGGUGAUAAAUACCAAGCAAAACAAGCUCAUGUCGAGUUGGCCGCUCGUAUGAAGAAGAGAGAUGCUGGAAGUGCACCGAGACUUGGCGAUCGUGUACCGUACGUCUUCGUGGCAGCUGCAAAGAAUGUACCAGCUUACGAACGUGCUGAGGAUCCUACCUUCGUUCUUCAAAAUAAUAUUCCGCUCGACACAAAACAUUACUUGACUAAUCAGCUGGCUAAACCCCUCGCAAGAAUUUUUGAACCGAUUUUAGGAGAUAGAGCUGAAAAGAUUCUCGUGGAAGGAGAACACACAAGAGUUCGAACUGUAGUUCAGAGUAAAGUUGGAGGACUCGCAGCUUUUACGAAGAAAUCGGCUACUUGUCUUGGAUGUAAAAGUGUACUGCCGAAAAUGGAGUCUGAAAAUGCCGUAUGCAAGCAUUGUGAGCCGAAAUUGCCAGAAAUUUAUGCAUCACGAUUGGUCACAAUGCACGAAUUGGAAAAUCACUUUGGUCGUCUAUGGACAGAAUGUCAGAAUUGUGCCAAGACAAUGCAAGACAAGGUCAACUGCUCUGCUCGCGAUUGUCCGAUCUAUUACAUGCGUGAAAAAGUUCGAAACGAACUUUCGGAAACCAACACCAUCAUGCAGAGAUUCGGAGACCCAUGCUUCGCGCCACCUACUAAAUAG